UCCUCCUUCACCUUCCCCAAGACCUGCUCCGAUACCUGCGUGAAGACAUGCUCCUGCUCUGAGACCUGCUCCGAGACUUCCUCCUUCACCUUCCCCAAGACCUGCUCCGAUACCUGCGUGAAGACAUGCUCCUGCUCUGAGACCUGCUCCGAGACUUCCUCCUUCACCUUCCCCAAGACCUGCUCCGAUACCUGCGUGAAGACAUGCUCCUGCUCUGAGACCUGCUCCGAGACUUCCUCCUUCACCUUCCCCAAGACCUGCUCCGAUACCUGCGUGAAGACAUGCUCCUGCUCUGAGACCUGCUCCGAGACUUCCUCCUUCACCUUCCCCAAGACCUGCUCCGAUACCUGUGUGAAGACAUGCACUGAGACCUGCUCCGAGACUGGCUCCUUCAACUUCCCCAAGACCUGCUCCGACACCUGUGUGAAGACUUGCUCUGAGACCUGCUCUGAGACUUCCUCCUUCAACUUCCCCAAGACCUGCUCCGACACCUGUGUGAAGACUUGCUCUGAGACCAGCCCCAAGCCCUGCUCUGUCUCCAACCCCAAGUCCUCCUUCAGCUCUUUCUCCAUGACUCCAAAGCCCAUAAUUGAUCCUCGCCAUUGUGGUACAGUUGCUCCUAAAGCUUACAGUGUCUAUGGCUGUGGUUUUGGAGAGAAGACACGUAUCUCUACCUGCUCUUAUCAGCUGAAUGCUUGCUUCCCUUGGAAGCAGGUGGGACAAGGUGGAAGAUUUGGCGCAAGAAUCAUGACUGGAGGGUGUUAUGACUACCUCCAGAAGGGCGAGAAGGCCACCAUGCAAGACUUGAAUGACCGUCUGGCAUCAUACCUAGAUAAGGUGCACUCGCUGGAGGCUGCCAAUGCUACUUUGGAGAAGCAGAUCCGGGAGUACUAUGAAAAGAAGGGGCUGAUCUGCCAGAGGGACAACAGCUGCUACUUCAAGACCAUCGAUUGCCUUCAGGAAAAGAUUAAAGAUGCUACUGUCAACAAUGGCGAAAUCCUUCUGCAGAUCGACAACGCUAAACUGGCUGCUGAGGACUUCAAGAUAAAAUAUCAGAAUGAGGUGAUGAUACGGCAGAGUGCAAAAGCUGAUGUUGAUAACCUGCGUUGCAUACUUGAGAAGACAUGCAAAGUAAAAGCCAACCUGGAGACGCAGAUCUGUGCUUUGCAGGAGGAGCUGGUGUAUUUGAAGAAAACUCACCAGGAGGAUGUGGCAGCACUGCUGUGUCAGCUGACGGACAAAAAAGUGUGUGUGGAAGUGGAUGCUGCUCCUCAGCAAGACCUGAAGAAGGUUUUGGAAGACAUCCGUUGUCAUUACGAGACCAUCAUAGACAAACAUUGCAGAGAACAGGAGUGCUGGUUCAAAGAGAAGAUGGCAGAUCUGUGUAAAGAUGCAGCCACCAACACAGGCUGCCUAGAAACCUCUAUAUCCCAAAUCUCAGAUUUGCGACGCACUUUGCAGCGUCUGGAAAUCGAGCAACAGUCUCAAAUCAGAAUGAAAAGAGCACUGGAGUGCUCACUGUUGGAAACAGAGGCUAGGUACAGCACUAUGCUAGCAGGUUUCCAGAAACAUAUCGACGCAUACGAGGCAGAGCUUUGUCAGGUGCGCAGUGGCAUUGAGCAGCAGGGCAGAGACUAUGCUGCACUCCUGGACAUCAAAAGCCGUCUGGAGCAGGAGAUCGCUACCUACAGGUGUCUCCUGGAAAAGCAGGACAUUAAGUAA